AAACAAAGUCCUAAGGACCUUUACUAAAGUCCAACUUCUCUCCCGUACGGCGUUGACCCGGUUAGUCUUCUGAAAUUAGCCUCUCCCUUCUUCUUUUGUUCAUCAACCUUCACUUCCCGUUACGCACCUUUCUAAAGGUUUUUUUUUUUUUUGAGUUCCUGAAAAAAAGAUGGGUGACAAUUUAAUGGACAAAGUUAGCUCCUUUAGUGAGCGUCUCAAGAUUGGUGGUUCUGAGGUUAGCAAGAAAGUGACUGCUGGUGUGAGCUCUAUGAGUUUCAAAGUGAAGGAGCUUUUCCAAGGACCUAACCCAACUGACAAACUAGUCGAGGAAGCUACUUCUGAGAAUCUGCAGGAACCUGAUUGGGCUAUGAACUUGGAACUAUGUGAUAUGAUCAAUCAGGAAAAGAUUAAUAGCGUUGAUUUGAUCCGCGGAAUCAAGAAGAGGAUUAUGAUGAAACAGCCGAUGAUUCAGUACCUUGCCUUGGUUUUGCUUGAGGCUUGUGUUAAGAAUUGCGAGAAAGCCUUCUCUGAGAUUGCUGCUGAAAGAGUUCUUGAUGAAAUGGUUAAGCUGAUUGAUGAUCCGCAGACCGUUGUGAAUAACCGGAACAAAGCUUUGACAUUGAUUGAAGCUUGGGGAGAGUCAACCAGCGAACUCUGCUACUUACCAGUUUUUGAAGAAACUUACAAGAGCUUAAAAUCCAGAGGUAUCCGCUUCCCUGGGCGGGACAACGAAAGCUUAGCGCCUAUUUUCACCCCUCCUAGGUCUUCUUCAAUACCAGAAGCCGACACUGGUAUUGCUCAGCAUGUCAACGAGCAUCCACAUGUGCAGUACAAUGCUCCUCCUGUUCGAACCUUUACUGCAGAGGAGACAAAGGAAGCUUUUGAUGUUGCAAGGAACAUCAUUGAACUUCUUACUACAGUUUUGUCAUCUUCACCUCAUCAGGACGUGUUACAUGAUGACUUGACAAUUACACUUGUACAACAGUGCAGCCAAUCCCAAACCACAGUACAAAGAAUCAUCGAGACAUCUGGAGAAGACGAAGCCCUUUUAUUCGAAGCCUUGAAUGUAAACGACGAGCUUGUGAAGACGUUGUCAAAAUAUGAAGAGUUGAAGAAACCGUCUGCACCAUUAGCUGCACCUGAGCCAGCCAUGAUUCCAGUUGCUGCAGAACCUGAUGACUCUCACAUUCAUGCAAAAGAAGAAGGGACUACUCAUGGUAGCGGAAGCAGCAGCGAUGACAUGAUGAUGGAUGACUUGGAUGAGAUGAUAUUUGGUAAGAAAGGUUUGGGUCAUUCUUCAUCUGAUGCUAAUACUGCUUCUGGAAAUGACCCCAAGAAGCAGCAGCCAUCCAAAAACGAUGAUCUCAUCCGCUUCUGAUAUGUGUGUUUUUUCUUCUUAGUGAGAAAACUCUAGUGAAUUGGUGUUUUGUCUUUUAGGAACAUGAUUGAACAGUUUUUAUGUGAGUAAACUACAACCUUGUGCACCUCCUGUGAUGGGUUAAUGCUAUCGAUCUGCCACGGUAUUACGUUUCUUUGGUUGUAUUAUUUAUAAUCUCUAUAAAGUCCACUCCACUUCGUUGGAUAGCUUUUGUGGUUGUACAUCUGUUAAUAAUAGCAUUGAUGCUUAUGAAUUAGAAGCCACUUUGUUA